UGCCCGCGGCAGCGGGAGACCCCGCCCCUGGCGUGACGUGUCCGCUCGGCCCCGCCCCGGCGGCCGAGCGUGUGGCGUCACUUCCGGCGUCUCUUCCUCUGGACCAGGCGCGAGUCGUGAGGGAUCAGCGUGUGCGCCGCGCUCCUCGGAACCAUGGCGUCCCUGUCCCUCGCCCCGGUGAACAUCUUCAAGGCCGGCGCCGACGAGGAGAGGGCGGAGACCGCGCGCCUGUCGUCCUUCAUCGGCGCCAUCGCCAUCGGGGACCUGGUCAAGAGCACGCUGGGGCCCAAGGGCAUGGACAAAAUCCUCUUAAGCAGUGGACGAGAUGCCUCUCUCAUGGUGACCAAUGAUGGUGCCACUAUUCUAAAAAACAUUGGUGUGGACAAUCCAGCAGCUAAAGUUUUAGUUGAUAUGUCGAGGGUUCAAGAUGAUGAAGUUGGUGAUGGCACUACUUCUGUUACUGUGUUAGCAGCAGAAUUACUGAGGGAAGCAGAGUCUUUAAUUGCGAAGAAGAUUCAUCCGCAGACCGUCAUUGCAGGUUGGAGAGAAGCCACAAAGGCGGCAAGACAGGCUCUGUUGGAUUCUGCAGUCGAUCAUGGUUCUGACGAAGUUAAGUUCCGUCAAGAUUUAAUGAACAUUGCGGGAACAACGUUGUCCUCAAAGCUGCUGACCCAUCACAGAGACCACUUUACUCAGCUGGCUGUGCAGGCCGUGCUCCGACUGAAGGGCUCUGGUAACCUGGAGGCGAUCCACAUCAUCAAGAAGCUGGGCGGGAGCCUGGCGGACUCCUACCUGGACGAGGGCUUUCUGUUGGAUAAAAAAAUUGGAGUAAAUCAACCAAAGCGAAUUGAAAAUGCUAAAAUUCUUAUUGCGAAUACUGGUAUGGACACAGACAAAAUAAAGAUAUUUGGUUCCCGGGUAAGAGUUGAUUCUACAGCAAAGGUUGCCGAAAUAGAACAUGCCGAAAAGGAAAAAAUGAAGGAGAAAGUUGAACGUAUUCUUAAGCAUGGGAUAAAUUGCUUUAUUAACAGGCAGUUAAUUUACAACUACCCUGAGCAGCUCUUCGGUGGUGCGGGUGUCAUGGCCAUCGAGCACGCGGACUUUGCAGGGGUGGAGCGCCUGGCUCUCGUCACAGGUGGUGAAAUUGCCUCUACCUUUGACCACCCAGAACUGGUGAAGCUUGGGAGCUGCAAGCUUAUUGAGGAGGUCAUGAUUGGAGAGGACAAGCUCAUUCACUUUUCCGGGGUAGCCCUUGGUGAGGCUUGCACCAUUGUUCUGCGUGGUGCCACUCAGCAGAUUUUAGAUGAAGCAGAAAGAUCUUUGCAUGAUGCUCUUUGUGUUCUCGCCCAAACCGUGAAGGAUCCCAGAACAGUUUAUGGAGGAGGCUGUUCGGAGAUGCUGAUGGCUCAUGCUGUGACAGAGCUUGCCAGUAGGACACCAGGCAAAGAAGCUGUUGCAAUGGAGUCUUAUGCUAAAGCACUGAGAAUGUUGCCGACCAUCAUAGCUGACAAUGCGGGCUACGACAGUGCGGAUCUGGUGGCCCAGCUCCGAGCUGCCCACAGUGAAGGCAACACGACUGCCGGACUGGAUAUGAAGGAAGGUACCAUUGGAGACAUGGCAGAGCUGGGGAUCACAGAAAGCUUCCAAGUGAAGCGGCAGGUUCUCCUGAGUGCGGCUGAGGCAGCAGAGGUGAUUCUCCGUGUGGACAACAUCAUCAAGGCAGCACCGAGGAAGCGUGUCCCUGAUCACCACCCCUGUUAGGCGUUCCCCUGUGCUGUGGAGCCAGGACCAGUUGAGAGCAAAGCUGUGUGUGAAAGAUUUGACCUCUUGAAGAAUACUGUGGAGUCGAAGUUCAUCUGUGGCUGUUAUAUCCUUAAGUUUGGACAUGUAACUGACCUUCUAUUUUAACAUGGGUCUAAUUUAUUUGCUGUUUUAUUUUCCAUGAAAUUCGGUUGAUUUAAAGGUUCACUUCUCAUGCUGUGCAUCAAAAUAAAAAUUUGAACCAUUA